AUGUCCCUCAGCAGCGUCUACGGCGAGGGGUGCGCCGGGUGGGUCUUCAAACAGGGCUCGUGGGUCAAGAACUGGAAGAAGCGGUUCCUCGUGCUGCGCGAGCGGCAGCUGACGUACUACCACACGGACGACCUGUCGCCGGCAGUCCAAGCGCGAGGCGCUCUGCAGGUCAUUACCGUCGAGCUGAGCGCCGACAUCCACAACGGACUGCUCGUACACGGCUACGGCGGCCGCGUGCUCAAGCUCUACACGCUGUCGGCGGAAGCCACGAGCGCGUGGUACAAUCUGAUUCUGGACGCUACGAUGCUGGCCCCGCCGCCGUUUGCCGUGCGGCCGUUCGGCCGGUGCUCGACACUGUCGGCUGCCAGUGCUCCUUCUGGGACCGCCGGGCCGAGCGAGGCCCACAAGGCCGAGUCCGCUUCGGAGAGUCUCGACGUGGGUGCGACACAGGUGACGCACGCGGGCUGGCUCAAGAAGCAAGGCGCGCGCGUCAAGAGCUGGCGACGGCGGUACUUUGUACUGCGUGGAAGCGUCUUGUCGUACUUUGACUCGGAGGACACGGGGGCAGCGGCAAAAGGGUACGGCCGGGUGCGCGCGGUGGAGGUGAAUGGCCGCGUGAAACGGGGACUGGACAUUUUGUUUGAGACGGGGCGAUUGCUCCGCGUGUCGGCGAGGACCAGCAGGGAGAUCGAAGUCUGGCUCUGCAGGCUGAGCGAUGCCAUUGAAGCGGCGACUGUGGAGCAACAGCAUGUGCGGCAAUCGCUGGCAGCGCACCGACCGCUCCGUUUGUCGUUUGUGGGAGUAGCGGUGCCGACGAGAAUGUCGCAAGAAUACCAGCAGCAAGAACAGGUGCAACGCCAUAGGGACACGGGCACUACAUGGCGGCAGGCGCCAGCAUGCGUGCCGUCGAACCCAAGGGGCGUGACGGCCAAAGUUACUCAAGUGUCGGAGCGUCCCAGUGUAACGAAACAGCAGUCGUCGUCGGUGUUGGACGACUCGGACAUUUCGUCGGAGCUAUUGUCGCAGAUGUCGAUAUCGAGCCCACAUGGCCACCACUCGAGUUCUGAUCCCCACGGCACUACAUCAGCGGGAAAAUCAACGGCGCACUCGAACGACGCUUGGGCUUGGCACUCGUCAUCAAGCUCCACGUCUUUUGACAGCGACGUCGACUGUGACAGUGACGAUAGCGAAGGCGACUGGAUUUAA